AGCACUGAGCAUCAAGUCUUCAAAGCCAUCACCGAAGCACCGCCUUUCGGCAAAAAGAGGCGAUGGAUCUGGCAUUUUCCGUAGGCCAGGUACAGCCUCAGGUGGGCCUGAAAGGCAACGCGCUGCAGGGCAACUUGCGCCGAAAGGCGCCCACUCGCUCGCUGCCAGGCCGCGAGGCAAGCCGCCAAGAGGCGCCUGGCAAAGGUGCCCUCGCGGGAUUCGCUGCAGCUGCUGUGGCGGUCGCGCGGGGCCUCCGGCGGCGGAUUCGGCGCCGCCAGGGCGGACAGGCAGUGGGCACUCUGGAGCGCACGGCCGAGUCCCUGGGCUGGGAUGUGGAGGGUAAGCCCAUCCUGAAGGACCGUGUGGAGAAGGCCCUGGAGCGCGGCGGCCUCGACGGCAUCGCCCUGAAGCAGAACAAGCAAUGGCCCACCAAGGGCGAGGUCUUGGGCGCCAUCCCAAAGGAUUGCCUGGUCAAGGAGACCGGCCGAUCCCUGGCGCACGCGGCGGCCUCCACCCUCCAGGUGCUGCUGUGUGGCUAUUUGGCCUGGAAGUACAUCCCGAUGACCACAGCUGCCAUCCCCCUGUGGAUCCUCUACGCGGUGGCGCAAGGCACCAUCGCCACUGGACCUUGGGUCAUCGGACACGAGUGCGGCCACAACGCGUUCUGCAACGAGCAGUGGCUGCAGACGCUGGUCGGCUAUACGCUGCACACCGCGCUCAUGGUACCUUACUUCUCUUGGCAGCGGUCCCAUGCCGUCCACCACUCCAAGACGAACCACAUGAGUGAGGGUGAGACGCAUGUUCCGAGGGUGCAGAAGGGCGACACCAACAAGUACACGACGAUGGCAAAGAGUGUGGGUCAGGGCUUUGUGGCCGGCACCCGUAUGAUCACCCACCUGGUGCUGGGUUGGCCAGCGUACAUCCUCGCUGGCGCGACAGGAGGCCCCGCCUAUGGCAAGACCAACCACCUGUGGCCUUUCACCCCGUUUUCCAACGGCAAGAAGGAUCUCUUCCCCGGAGUUUGGAAGCAGAAGGUGCUGCUUUCCGACGUGGGCAUUGUGGGCAUGACGGCACUUUUGAUGUGGUGGGCCAAGCACUCUGGCCUCGCCUCUGUGUUCGCCCUGUACCUGGCGCCACUCAUGGUGACCAACUGCUGGCUGGUGCUUUACACCUGGUUGCAGCACACGGAUGUUGACAUCCCCCACUUCGACAAGGAGAACUGGACUUGGGUGAAGGGUGCCUUUCACACCGUCGACCGGCCCUACGGGCCGGUGCUGGACUAUCUCCACCACAAGAUCGGCUCCACGCACGUUGCGCACCAUGUUUGCUCUGCCAUUCCGUUCUACAAGGCAAGAAAGGCCACCGAGGCUCUCAAGGAGAAGUUCCCGAACUUCUACCUCUACGACCCGACCCCGGUUCACAAGGCCCUCUGGCGAGUGUCCUCCCGCUGCACUGCCGUGCAGAAGGCAGAGGGCAACAACGGCAUGUACAUCUUCACCUGAAGCGCCAAAAAAAGACGGUGAUGCCAAGUGCAAGCAUUUUUUGUCUCAAGGUGCAGUCUGUGCAGCAAACAGCUUGGUUUGGGCAGAGAUGUUUGUGUCCUCC